CGAUCUUAAAUCUUAAAUUGCUUACUCUCAUCAAUGGUUGUCAUAAUCCUUUGUUAACUAAGGUCCGCUCUUUAUGUCAGCCUCUCUGUCGAGGUUGGCUACUUCUUCUCGAUGGCAUUUACGGGUUUCUUACAGCUGUCGCCAUUCUAGUGGCGUCCGCUCUCUCAGCACUCAUACAACACCCAAAGUCAUAAUAUCCAAGCAUAUAGAGGGUCGAAAAGAUCCGGGCAUCACGGUCUUCUCAGGCAUCCAGCCUACUGGGAUACCGCAUCUUGGCAAUUAUCUAGGCGCACUUCGUCAGUGGCGCGAUCUACAAAAUUCGGAUACGGAAGUCACUCCAGUUUUCUGCAUUGUAGACCUUCAUGCUUUGACAACAGUGAAUCCACAGGAGGCGGCAGUAUUAAGGCAACGUAAAAGAGAGACUUUAGCGUCCCUUUUAGCAGCAGGAUUGGAUCCCGAGAAGUCCAUCAUCUACUUCCAAUCGAGUCUUCAAUAUCAUGCUGAACUCAUGUGGAUCCUCAGCUGCAAUGCCUCAAUGGGAUAUCUUACCCGUAUGACCCAAUGGAAGAGUAAAAUGGAGCUGCCCGAUGAUGCCGAACUAACUACUUCGUCCCCUGGAAAGCAGCUCAAGCUAGGCCUGUUUUCUUACCCAGUACUUCAAGCUGCGGAUAUCCUACUUCACCAGGCUGACAUUGUGCCGGUUGGGGCAGACCAACGCCAGCACAUUGAGUUCACAAGAGAACUUGCAAAGGGCUUCAACAACAUUUAUAAAGACGAAAAGACGUACGGAGAUGUAUUCAAGCUGCCCAAGAUUCACAUUCCUCCAACUGCUAGAAUCAUGUCGUUGACAGAUCCAGUCGAGAAGAUGUCCAAAUCACACCCGAAGGAAUCCUCCCGUAUCGAGCUCACGGAUUCAUCGGAUGCCAUUCGCCGAAAACUUCAGAAGUCGGUCACUGACUCGAUUGAAGGAAUCUCGUACGACCCGGACGUCAGACCUGGCAUCUCCAAUCUCAUUGACAUUCUCUAUACUUUAGGUCACCCAGACCUUGGUUCAUCAAAGGGCCCGGAAGGACUUGUACCAAUCCUUAGUACACUCAGUAAGCUCGAGUUGAAACGGACAGUGGCAGACGCCAUUGACACAGAGCUCCGGCCAAUCAGGGAGAAGUACGUCAACAUCAUGAAAGAGGAUAAGCAAGAUUCAGGUUUCUUAGACAACAUUGCUGUCACCGGAAUGGAGAGAGCAAAAAAAAGAGCAAAGUCUACCAUGGAUGUGGUGCGUCUUGCGCUCGGUUACGGGCAUUGAGGAGAAUGGUGUAAUAUAUAAAUGUAUACAAGACACAUUUACAAUGUACAUCAACAGAAGUUUCGCGACUAACACGCGUCCAGAAGCUACAUCCAUAUAAGGUGGACAGACCAUAAUUGGUUGCGCUCAUGCUGAUAGAACUAGACCUCAGC